UUCAAGUCAUCUCCUCUCUCUGCUUCUCUCUCUCUCUACCUAAACAUGACAACCAGCAACGGCGGCGAUGUGGAGUCUAGGGUUUCGAUUCCGGCGGAUCUGCGAGAAACCUUUCAGAACAUCAGGGAGUACACAGGGAAACAACAUUCCGACGAGGAUAUCUUCUCCGUCUUCAAGGAUUGCCUCAACGAUCCACACGAGACCGCACAGAAGCUCCUCUUUCUAGAUACCUUUCAUGAGGUGAAAGGCAAACGGGAGAGAAAGAAAGAGAGUUUAGUGCCAAAGACAGAAGAAAAGGGCAGGAAUGGUCGGAGGAACUUCGCUUCAAAUUAUACUGGUGCCAAUAAUGGAAGAAGCGGAGCUUUUACAAGGCAGAGUGGAGCUAAUCACAGAAUAAGACGUCCCAUAAAGGCGUCUAAGCCUUUCAUUCCUCCAAGUGGAGUCAGUAAACCGAAGAACACAGAGGAACACCCUCCCUCCAAGUCUGCUUCUUCGUCUGAGGAUGUUACUGAGCUGAAGAAGUCUAAAGCAAGUGAAACUGUACCUGUAUUAGAAUCUGUUGUACAAAACGGUGCUCAGUAUGCUGUAGAUGGAACUUCUACUUCUUCUCAGCAAUCAUCUACUUCUUCUCAACAAUCAGCCACUUCUAAUUGCGGUAGCCAGUCAGAUCAAGUCAUUAGGAGUGAGGCUGCAGCCCGUAAAGGCAAUAGUCAAUCGCUUCUCAAGUCAGAUGUUGGUGAACGUCCCCACGUAACAUUCCCUGUCCACCUUCAGGUUGCCAAAAUGCUGGAAAAUGGUCUGACGUUUGGGAGCUUCGAUUCCAAUUUUGUGAAAGAGACAUUUUGUGACAAUUGUUCUAUUGGGUGCGAGGACCCAACUAUCAAGUCUUCUCAUGGGACAGCAUCCAGUGAAGCUUCAGCCAGGGAAGAUGUAUCAUCGGUUCCUCAAGAUAAGGAUCAUGAGAUUUCAAACGUAGCACCUGAGACCGAGCUUCAGCUUGUAGAAGGCUCCGAAGUAGAUAAACUGAACGAGGAGUCUUUACCAAUCAAAGACACUCAUCAGGCUGCAAAUUGUGAUAGUCCACCUAUCUCCUAUCCUGAUCAGUGUUCCCUAGCAGCCUCUCAACAGGCAAUGCACCUUCUCAGGCAACAAUACCCUCUGAACUUUUGCCCUUACGGUCUCUAUUAUCCCCAACCCUUCUAUAUGCCGCAGCCAUACAUUCAUCAGUUCUUGACCCCAAACGCGUUCCAACAACAAUCUUACUUACCGCCUCAAGAUGAUGCUCCAGCACCUCCUGGAGAUGAACUCCUUCUCCCUCAGAUCAAAUCAGGAGCCAACAUUGGAAACUCUCCACCUACCACCUUUCCAUCGCCAUAUGACUCAUACGCAGGUGCUUUUAACCACAUCCCAUCACCAGUCAAGGAAGAACAGAAGGAAGACAGUUACACGACUGGACCUGUGUGUGUGCAGAGUCUAGCUAACCUGCAGGCCAGUGCUAUGUACAACUUAUCUCUCCAAGGGCAGCCAUUAGUUUUCCCGACCUUGCAGGCUGGGUUCACGGGAAUAUACCAACAGGCACAGCCCAUACCGCCGCCUCCAGCUAUACCUUCAAUGGCUGAACAACCCAUAGGACUCCCGCUCAUAACUAAUCAGCAACCUCAAGCUGCACCCACGAAUAUGGACAACAACUACUAGGUCAAGCAGAGUUACUCUGAAGAUACAUAUCAGAUUGGUAAGAUGAGAUAUUCAAGUCUUGAUUUUUGAGUGAGUUUGUGCGUACAUACUUAGGAAACAUCACUCCCAAGAGAAAGUUAGUGUGACAAGAGAGAGAAAUGAUGUCUUGGUUCUUUUGUAGACAUCCAUGUGUAGUACUUUCUGAAACUGAUGAUGUCUGGUUCGUUUGUAAUUCUUCCGAAUUUUACAAAUAUAAACAAGUUAUAUCACAU